GGGAGUUGGGGAAGCCCGCACGGGCCCCCGGCCCGCAGCCGUCAUGGCGGAGAAUUGGAAGAACUGCUUCGAGGAGGAGCUCAUCUGCCCCAUCUGCCUGCACGUUUUCGUGGAGCCGGUGCAGCUGCCGUGCAAACACAACUUCUGCCGGGGCUGCAUCGGCGAGGCGUGGGCCAAGGACAGCGGCCUGGUGCGCUGCCCGGAGUGCAACCAGGCCUACAACCAGAAGCCGGGCCUGGAGAAGAACCUGAAGCUCACCAACAUCGUGGAGAAGUUCAACGCCCUGCACGUGGAGAAGCCGCCGGCGGCGCUGCCCUUCUGCCGCCGCGGCCCCCCGCUGCCCGCGCAGAAGGUCUGCCUGCGCUGCGAGGCGCCCUGCUGCCAGUCCCACGUGCAGACGCACCUGCAGCAGCCCUCCACCGCCCGCGGGCACCUCCUGGUGGAGGCGGACGACGUGCGGGCCUGGAGCUGCCCGCAGCACAACGCCUACCGCCUCUACCACUGCGAGGCCGAGCAGGUGGCGGUGUGCCAGUACUGCUGCUACUACAGCGGUGCGCAUCAGGGACACUCGGUGUGCGACGUGGAGAUCCGGAGGAAUGAGAUCCGGGGCGUCUGCAGGAGUUGGAGUCUGGCUGGAGUUUCCCCGUGUGUAAAGUGGGUGAGGGAGUGCGGAGGGGCUGUUGGCAGCUUGUCUUUAGGAAGUUGGUUGCAUGUGGCUAAAAUGCUGAUGAAGCAGCAGGACCGGCUGGAGGAGCGAGAGCAGGACAUUGAGGACCAGCUGUACAAACUCGAGUCAGACAAGCGCCUGGUGGAGGAGAAGGUGAGCCAGCUGAAGGAGGAAGUGCGGCUGCAGUACGAGAAACUGCACCAGCUGCUGGACGAGGACCUGCGGCAGACGGUGGAGGUCCUGGACAAGGCCCAGGCCAAGUUCUGCAGCGAGAACGCGGCGCAGGCGCUGCACCUGGGGGAGCGCAUGCAGGAGGCCAAGAAGCUGCUCGGCUCCCUGCAGCUGCUCUUCGAUAAGACGGAGGAUGUCAGCUUCAUGAAGAACACCAAGUCUGUGAAAAUCCUAAUGGACAGGACCCAGACCUGCACGGGCAGCAGCCUUUCUCCCCCUAAGAUCGGCCACCUGAACUCCAAGCUCUUCCUGAACGAGGUGGCCAAGAAAGAGAAGCAGCUGCGGAAGAUGCUAGAAGGCCCCUUCAGCACGCCGGUGCCCUUCCUGCAGAGUGUCCCGCUGUACCCUUGCGGCGUGAGCAGCUCUGGGGCGGAGAAGCGCAAGCACUCGGCGGCCUUCCCGGAGGCCACUUUCCUAGAGACGUCGUCGGGCCCUGUGCACAGCCAGUACGGGGCAGCGGGCUCAGCCAGCGGCGAGGGCCAGUCCGGGCAGCCCCUGGGGCCCUGCAGCUCCACGCAGCACCUGGUGGCCCUGCCGGGCGGCGCCCAACCAGUGCACUCAAGUCCCGUGUUCCCCCCGUCGCAGUACCCCAAUGGCUCCGCCGCCCAGCAACCCAUGCUCCCCCAGUAUGGCGGCCGCAAGAUUCUCGUCUGUUCUGUGGACAACUGUUACUGCUCUUCUGUGGCCAACCAUGGCGGCCACCAGCCCUACCCCCGCUCCGGCCACUUCCCCUGGACAGUGCCCUCACAGGAGUACUCACACCCGCUCCCGCCCACACCCUCCGUCCCCCAGUCCCUUCCUGGCUUGGCGGUCAGAGACUGGCUCGAUGCCUCCCAGCAGCCUGGCCACCAGGAUUUCUACAGGGUGUAUGGGCAGCCGUCCACCAAACACUACGUGACGAGCUAACGCCGCGCCGCGCAGGCAGGGGGCGCUGGGGAGUCUCCCCCAGUCCCUGGGGCCCGGGAAAUGCAUCCAGAGACCUGCCCUCCUACCUUCCUCUCCUCUCCCCUUGCUCUUUCCAUCCUCCCAAUCUUUUCCUUUUGGAUUUUGUUUUGUUUUGGGCUUUGUUUUUGUUUUUUAAAUGGAUCUCCUGGACGCAGAGGUGACAGUGGAGCUGACCUAGGCAGGGGCCGCAGGUGGCCCUGGAGUUGGGAAAGUGUCUGUCUUGAGGCGCUGAGUUCACUCGCUGACUCCCGUUUCCUCCCCCUCCCCCCUUGGAGGGUCCAACCCUCCUCACGGGCUCUGGGAAGAAGGCCCAGCGCCCACUGGCUGUCCUCUUGUUUUUCUUCCGGGCAGUUGGAUCACUGAUCGAGGAAGGAGUGACCUGUAGAUUACGGGACUUCUUUUUUUUUUUUUUUAAUUUUUUUUUUUUUUAAACCAAGAAUGAUUUCUCCUGCUUCCUUCUCACCAUCUUCCCAGAUGGAGUUCAAAGGCCACUUCUCAAGCAGCUUUGGCGCCUUCAGCCUCAGAAUGGAAUCUUUAAAGACAGGAACCCCAUGUCCAGGAAAGGGGGAAAGGAACUUUGCCAAUGAUAGUGACCACAGCAAAAGCAAAUAAUAAUAUUAAUAAUAAUAAUAAAGAGAAAUAAAAGAAAUAAUAAAUAAAAAAAAAAACCACAUAGCACAGCCCUUGUUGAGGUCAGUGGGGGAGGAAGGGCUGCCCCAAGUUGGGUCCUUGACUGGAUUUUGACACGGCAGCUUCCUGUAGUGAGCACUUUGUAUGAAUCGUGGACUUCCUGUUCUCAAGGUGCAGGUAUUUAUUCUGUAAUCUGUCUAGAGCACACACCGAAACCCACCUUCUAAUAAACACGCUGGCGCA